CAAGUGUGCAUUAUCAAACCGUGUUGAACCUCAGGUCCGAAGUAGAGUGAAACAAGAUCUAUUUCAAGCAAAGAAGGAAGCUCCUCUUGUUGUAGCUAAAUUCUUGUAAGUUACUCGGAUUCGUUCUCACAAUCCAGUUUGUACCAUCAAAAUCCGAUUUUCAAGUGCUUAUCUAUACCAAGAUAACAUCGAAAUGGAGUGUGCAAUAAAACAAGAUGUUACUGAACUAAUUGGAAACACUCCAAUGGUGUAUCUGAACAAAGUUGUGGAAGGUUGUGUGGCCCGCAUUGCUGCCAAGUUGGAAUCAAUGGAACCCUGCUCAAGUGUCAAAGACAGGUUAGCAUUAAGUAUGAUCAAGGAUGCUGAGGACAAGGGACUGAUUACACCAGGAAAGACUGUGCUUGUUGAGACUACUAGUGGAAACACUGGCAUUGGAUUGGCAUUCAUUGCAGCACUUAAAGGUUAUAGGCUAAUCCUAGCAAUGCCGGCUUCAAUGAGUCUCGAGCGGAGAGUUGUGCUCCGUGCUUUGGGAGCUGAGCUGCAUCUCACUGAUCCUGCUAAGGGCUUCAAAGGUAGUCUUCAAAAGGCUGAGGAGCUGCUGAGGGAGACACCUGAUGCUUUCAUGCCUCAUCAAUUUGAAAAUCCUGCAAACCCAAAGAUUCACUAUGAAACCACUGGCCCUGAGAUAUGGACAGAUUCUGGAGGUAAAGUUGAUGCCCUUGUAGCAGGUAUAGGAACUGGUGGUACAAUAACAGGUGCAGGGAAAUUCCUCAAGGAGAGAAACCCAAAAAUCAAGGUUUAUGGAGUGGAACCAGUUGAAAGUGCAGUCUUGAGUGGAGGCCAGCCAGGAGGGCAUCUGAUUCAGGGAAUUGGUGCUGGUAUUGUUCCUGCUGUGCUGGAUGUGAAUCUGCUUGAUGAAAUUCUUCAGGUAUCAAGUGAGGAAGCUAUAGAAACUGCUAAGCUGUUAGCCCUGAAAGAAGGUUUGCUGGUAGGGAUUUCAUCUGGAGCAGCAGCAGCAGCAGCAAUUAAACUGGGAAAGAGGCCAGAAAAUGCUGACAAACUCAUCGUUGUGGUGUUCCCUAGUUCUGGAGAGCGCUACCUCUCUUCUCCAUUGUUUGAGUCCAUUAGACAAGAGGCAGAACAGAUGACAUUUGAUUAGAGAACUGUCACUAGCCCUGUUUCUGGUUAAGAGAUUUUGAUUCACUUGUGAGUUUUAUUUACGAAAUUCAAGUAAUAAAGAAUUGUGCUGAUAACUCAUUUUUCAUCCGUACUGUGUAGAACUGUAAAGUAGGGACUAGCUCUGUUCAUAUAUUGGCACAUAGGACAUUUCAAAAUCAUGGCUAAGUUGGUUGCAUGAGGUGAUUUCUUAUUAAUCAAAAUAUUUGUCGCAUUAGCUAAGUUUACAAAGAGAUCAUGAUUAUGUAAUGGUCCUGGUUAAAGUCCUUUUGCUUAAACAAAUUAUGUUGUACAAUAUCAAUGCUGGAGGCAAUUUCAAUACGAAAAAUCUGAAGCUUGACACCU